AUGGAUGCUUUAGUAGUAUCUCCCCUUUUACAAGUUGUGUUUGAUAAGUUGGCUCUUGUGAUCACCAGAAAGUCAACGACUCGAGGAGAGUACGAGAAGGAGAUGCAAAAGCUGCAGGAUAGGCUUCCCAUAAUUCAAGCUGUGAUCGAAGAUGCAGAGGAGAGACAACAUGGAGAUAAGAAGAUCAAGAUUUGGCUGCAAAAACUUAAAGAUGUGGCCUCUGAUGCAGAAGAUUUAUUGGACAUGAUCCAUGCUCGAGUUUUGUGCUCGAAAGUGACCGCUUCACAUAUUCUCCGAGUUACGACAUGGGAAUACUCGGAAAAGGAAAGCUUCUGGCAGAGGAAUUUGCUGAGAGAUAUUAGGGAGAGAUUGGAUGAUAUAUCGAAGGAGAUGGGUGAGUUCCAACUUAAGGAAGUUCUCAUGUCGAGACUACCACAGACCGGUAAUAGAGAAGGGAGAGAAACUGGAGCUCACAUAGUUGAGUCUGAAGUUUGUGGUAGAAAAGAGGAUGUCGAAAAGGUUGUGAAAAUGUUAUUGGGAUCUAAUACUGAUGUCAGGGUGAUUUCAAUAAUUGGGAUUGGAGGGCAAGUAUUAUUCGAUGUCCCAGAUGGGUUUACUGCAGUCACAAUUGAGGAAAGCAUUGUACGGAAAAAAUAUCUCCUUGUGUUGAAUGAUGUUUGGAAUGAGGAUCCAGAUGAAUGGGAUAAAGUAAGGAAUCUGCUAGGGGAUGGUACAAAUGGAAACAAAGUUAUUGUCACCAGCCGGAGCCGGAAAGUUGCAUCUAUAAUGGGCAGUAGCCCUGCUUACCAUUUGGAAGCCCUGUCGAGGAUGAUUGUUGGACCUUGUUCAAGCAGCGAGCCUUUCCUGAUGGAGAUGAAAAUGAUCAUUGACAAGUGCAAAGGAGUGCCUUUGGCAGCCAAAGUUCUUGGAAUCUUAAUGCGGUUCAAACGCGAAGAAAGUGAGUGGUUGAGGGUGCAAGGGAGCGAAUUAUGGAAUAAUGAUGGAGGGGAGAAUAAAAUACUACUGGUCCUAAAGUUGAGUUUCGAUCAUCUGCCAUCACAUUUAAAGAGAUGCUUUGCUUUUUGUGCGGUUUUUCCGAAGAAAUUUGAAAUAUGCAAGGAAAAGUUGAUCCAUCAAUGGAUUGCCGGGGGCUUAGCUCAACGUUCUGCUCAUGAUCGGGUGUCCAAACCUGAAGACAUCGGCUCCGACUAUCUCAAUGAUCUGCUAAGGAUGUUGACGCAGCAAGAAAAUUAA